GGUGUUCUCUCUCACCUGGAGGUUGUUAGUCCCCUCGAGAGACCAAGUGUAACUUCCAUCGGCCCUCUCUCGCCCUCUUCCUACCUCUUGGCUGUUCAGCCAGCCACCGCUUUUGGGGAGCUUUUCCACCACCACGUGCCCACAGCACCGUGUACACGUAGUCGAUAAAGAACUACACGAGCACACGCGUCGAGUGAGGUUACCGCAUUAUAUGAGACACACGGUCAGUGAGCCUCUAACCAACAAUCACUCGACACCGAGCACAUCCAGUGUCAGUCUGACUAGUCACUGACUAACUAACAACGGCCAGAGCGACCGAAUUUCUCCAGUAGAAGUGGGCUGGCUAUCCACUGCCGUUGUAUCGUCUGACACAGUGGUGAAUUAGUCGAACUCGUGUCUGACACAGAGAAGACACUAUAGAAUUCGUCGUUUCGACCACGACUCUCUUCCCUUUUCUCUUCGAAAUAUUCCACUUCGAUCACUUGGUACUUGGUGGUACUUGGUACUUUGCAUUUUUUUUUCUUUCGUUCGUUUCGCGAAGAACUCGUCGGGAAUUCGUGGCUGGAGGAGAAGUGCGCCGAGAGUGUUGUACGCGUUCUUCGGUUCAUCCUUGAACGUCGAGCAUCUGCUCGAAUCGGUCUGCCGAAGAUCGGCCAGCAACGUGGAGCACGUGGACGCAGAAUGCUCAGAUCCGUGAUAGGGCGGACACGAUCCGCGAUAAUCGGGCUGCUGCUGCUACUGGCGACCUGGCGAAACAACGAUAGCUGCGACGGCCUGCAAUAUCAGCCGCUCGAGGUUUACGCAAACGGCGAUGACUGCGCGUUGAUCCUCAACGGGCCAGGAAGGACCAACGUCUUCGACUACACCUACAAUUUGCUCCGUGGCUCGUUCCCAGCAACUGGGUCGCAGGCGUGCAUCACUUACGACGCUGUGAAUCGUGCCUACAUCGAAGCCAGAAAACGCAUCAAUGUGGCGCAACCCAAGACCAAAAUAUGGCGGCCGGAGGAUCUGGCCACGGUCGGCGAACUUCUGCUGGAUAUCAGCGUCAAUCUCGCACAAACAUAUGGGCUAAGCUACGGGGAGGUCGAGAAGAGUCUGCCCCUGAUCGACACCUCCAAGACCCUGAUCCGCGAGGUGUGUCCAACUUUCCUAAGCAACGUGGAGUGUCGAGCGGGAAAAUACCGAAGGAACGACGGUCUCUGCACGAAUUUACAGAAUCCAUCGUGGGGCGCCACGCUAUCCCCCUUCCAAAGAUUGAUGAGUCCACGAUUUGCCGACGGUUUAACAGCGCCUAGAAUAUCGGUAACUAGCCGUGAUUUACCAUUAUCGCGAGUGGUGUCGCGCACCAUGCAUCCCGAUGAGGGUUAUCACGAUCACGCUGGCACAGUCAUGGUCAUCGCCUGGGGACAGUUUAUGGAUCACGACUAUACGCUGACUGGAACCCCUCUAGAUCCUCUGAACCGAAACGACCCGGAGGAAUGUUGCCAUCGGCCGCCGCAUCUGAAGAACCCGUACUGCAACGAGAUUCAUAUACCGGAGGACGAUUAUUUCUACAGGCUGUUCGGCGUGAAGUGCAUGGACUUCGUUCGCGCCUUUCCAGCGGUUCGACCCGGUUGCCGACUCGGCUCCCGCGUGCCUUUUAAUCUCUUGACGGGUGUGCUCGACGGCAACACGGUCUACGGUAUCACGGAAUCGUUCGCUAGGAAGCUCCGCAACGGUUACGGAGGACUGUUGCGCAUGAACCCGGUGUUCUCGGAGUACGGCUUGCAGGAUUUACUACCGCUCAAGCUGGACAUCCCCGACGAGGGCUGCACUCGACCGAAUCGAUCGAUGUACUGUUUCGAAGCGGGUGAAAUAAGAGUGAACGAGCAACUGGUGCUAACGUGCAUGCACACGUUGAUGGCCCGUGAACACAAUCGAAUCGCAAAGACAUUGAUUCAAAUUAAUCCUCACUGGGACGACGAGACGUUGUACCAAGAGGCAAGACGAAUUGUCAUCGCCGAGAUCCAACACAUCACCUACAAUGAGUUUCUGCCCAUUCUACUUGGCAAAGACGUUAUGGAGAAGUUUGGGCUUCUUCUUGAGAAAAAUGGAUAUUGGGAUGGCUACGACGAGAACGUGAAUCCUUCGGUGAUCGACGCUUUCGCCGCUGCGGCAUUCAGAUUCGGACACUCGCUGUUACCAACGGCAGUGGAAAGAUGGAGCAAAGCUCACAAAUUCAUCGCUUCGAAGAGGCUGUCGGACUUGAUCAGAAGACCGUUCGAUUUGUAUCGCGCUGGAGUUUUCGACGAGUACAUCAUGGGACUGAUGAACCAGGUUGCUCAAGCGAUGGACGACUCCAUCACGCAAGAAGUGACGAAUCAUUUGUUCAAAAAAGCCGGGGCCAAAUUCGGACUGGAUUUGGUCUCGUUCAACAUGCAACGAGGUCGUGAAUUUGGUAUUCCAAGUUACAUGGAAUACAGAAAAUACUGCGGACUCCCAUGGGCAGACAGUUUCGACGAUCUGCAAGGUUCCAUGCCAAACGAGACCAUAAGACGUUACAGUUCGAUUUUCGAACAUCCAGCUGACGUGGACCUGUGGUCCGGCGGUGUGUCCGAGAGACCGCUUCCGGGCAGCAUGCUCGGGCCAACCUUCGCUUGUAUAAUCGCCACGCAGUUCAGCUAUUCCCGCCGCGGUGACCGAUUUUGGUACGAGCUGCCGAACCAGCCGUCGUCCUUCACCAUCGAUCAACUAAACGAGAUACGGAAAGUGAAGCUCGCUAGAGUGAUCUGCGACAAUACAGACCUGAUCGACACCAUACAGAUUUAUCCCAUGGUGUUGCCCGAUCAUGAAAUAAACCCACGGGUACCGUGUCGAAGCGGCGUGCUGCCAAGCAUGGAUCUGAGCAAGUGGGCGGAAUUCCCAGCCGCGCAAUACACGGCAGAAAGGAAUGCUACGAGACAAUUCGAAUCGUCUUUGACGUCGAAUUGGAGUCCGACAACGAAGACCGAAAACACGAGAGAGCUGGCAAAGGAGAUUAAUAAAAAUUCUCCGAAGAGAAUUGGUUCUAAAACUAGUUGGUCGUCUAAAAGUAACACUGCCAAUGCAUUCGCUGAAGGCACGAAUAAUAAUUCUACCAACGCAUUAAAUUCUCCAACUUCAAAUGGAAAUUCAAAUUCCAGUGAAAAUGUCGAUGAAAAUAAAGUUGAAAUAUUUGAGAAUCAUCGAGAAGAGACUGUGAUCGGACGUCUGAGGCGUUCGUUGGUCGAAAGAUCUGAUCACGUAGGAGAGCAAGUCCCCUCUUCAGAGAGAUUCAAUCGUCAUCCAAAUCUAAGUUACGAGGAACGACAAAAACAAUUGAAUCACACGAUGCAACCAAGAAAUACAAAUCAGAACUUAGGAACUGCUAGGAUGAAUAAAGGAUUCGACAAGUUCGAAUCGUCUUCCUCGAAAGAAACGAACGAACGUAGUUGCGUUUCUGUCUUCUCUGAUUGCGACGACACACAAAAUUUCGAGACGAGUGAUUCAAAGGGAAACAGGGAACAAAAUUUUAAAGGCGAUAAUGACGGUGAAAAAGAUUUCUCGCAAAAUUUACAAAAUGAUAAGACCUCGAUUAAACCGAAAAGAAAGAAUAAAAGAAUCGCAACGAAAAAUCGUGAUAGCAAAGAAGAUCUUUCAGAGUCGCAGGAAAUUGAAAAUUCACAAAAUGAUAAGAACACGUCGAGUGAAACGUUUCAGGAUAGAAAUAAAUCCCAGAGCUCGAUUAAAAAGGAUAAAAAGAUCGCAGCAAACGAUCAAAAUACUAGGGAAAAAGAUUUUCCAGAGUCGCAGGAGAUUGGACAUUUACAAAAUGAUAAGAAUGCGUUAAACGCAACACUUCGAGACAUAGAUAAAUUGCAGAGUUCGAUCAAAAAAGAAGAAGAGGAUAAACAUUACAUCGAUAUACGAGAUCAUCAGAGAAAUGUCGAAAAUUACGAAAUGUCUUCCGAGAUUCCGGAAUACGAUCCGAACAAAAUCCCAUAUGUCGAGGUACCAGAUUAUUCCGACAUUAGAGAAGAGUGUUUAGACGAGGAGGAUCGCAAGGAGAAGACAGAAGGAAAAGCUGACUUCGUUGAUCCGGAAGUAUCUAUCGAUUCUAAAGAAUAUUCGUACAACGAUUCUCCCGAGGAAAUUUUAGAAUUAAAAAAUUCGAAAGGAAACUCGAGCGAAGAAAGCAACUCUUCAAGCAGCAACGAAUUGGACAAAAGUAAAGCCAACGAAAGCAAUUCGAACGUUCUAAAUUUGAAAAGCGUCGAAAGAUUCGACGAAGACAAGAACGAUACAGAUUUGACGAAUUUAAACAGAUUUUCAAACGCUGGCCAACGGGACAAAAGCGACGAGAAUAAAUCGUUAGAGAGUUUAGGGUUCGGACAGAAUUCGGAACGUGAAUCGUUGUCGAUGGACUUCGGCGAGUCAUCUGAAUUUUUCGAUCGCGAGGAAGAGGAUAAAAGUGAACUGGUUCCAACGAAAGGUUCGAAGGAUAAUUCAAACGACGCCAAGUAUCUCGUGGAACAGGAAUCUGAGGAAACUUCGCGCGAAGAUUCAACGAGAGCGAGGCAAGGCGACUCUGAAAGUGAAUCGGGGCCCAUAAUUUUCGACGUGAACGAGUACAGGAAGCCGUUCGAUCUAGACGAAUUUCUUAAGGACGAUCCGAUAAUGAAAAAGUUGUAUCAGCUCGAAAAGGAGACGCGGACCAAGUACGGAGAGAACGGGAAGCGAGUUCCGAGCGACUUCAACGUGUCCGAAAGUGAUAAUACGACGUUCAGGGUACGAGCGAACAACGCGCAACUUCGAGACACUUUCGACGAUCUACCGAAAUCGUACGGAUCGAGUAAUUUCGCAAGGAUCGACGAACGGAUGCGAGACGAGGAAGAGGACGUGCACGAUGAUUUUAUAAGAAUUUUUAGAAACGACAAGAGAGAUUUCGGAAGAAGGAGAAACCAUUAUAAUCAGGACGAAGAAACUAAAAAUGAUUUUCCGAAAUUUAACUUUAACGAGGGCAAGGAUAAAGAACUGAAGAAAAAUAAUAAGGGAUACAAAAUAGAGAAAAAGAGGGGAAAUACGAGAGAUACAAGUUUUAACGAUUUUAGUGAUUCUUUGAAGAUUUCCGAAAGGUACGAGGAAGAUCUUCCAACUGGAUUCGGAAACGAGGAUAUCGGAAACUUGCACGAGGACGCGAACGUGAAAAAUCAUGGAACGAAGAACACCAGACGCAAAGAAGACACGCGCGACGCGUUGUCGACGAUUUCAAGCCGCAAGAGCCAAGUUUCGCGACUGGACGACGACCAAAGGAUCAAAGACAGGGACGCGAUCGGUUACAGAAACUUCUGGUCCUUACAACAUAAAUCUCCAGUGACGAGAGUCGACAUGGAGGCACAAGAAAGGAGGAAAUAGCGGCACGACGAUUGAAAUCUCAACGAGACGUCUCCUGACGUGCGACACGGAUCAAGAUAUUCUGUUGAUCUGAUCUUAUCAAAACGGUAUAUCCUAUAUAUCGAACACAGACACAAGUGUUCGAAAAUGUUCAAAAACAUGGAUACCUUCCGCGUUGGCAAGUUGAAUUAAAAUUGCUAAUUUUAUGGUAAUUCGAAGAGACGCAAUAUUUUGUAUCGUCGAAGAUUACAACGGAAAACAUUUUGCAACAGGGAUAUAAAUAAAACGCUCACAAGUUGCAAAA